CUGCUGGAAGCGGGAAGGCCCAGCGUGACUGCGGAGACUGACCUAUGAUUAGAGCUCAUCCCUACAAACGGAGCCUGCCGCGAGUCCCUGGUGUCCCCUCCGGCACGUUCAGAGAGCCACCUUCCUGAGCGGAAGUCAGCCUGCGGACUGGACUCCGGUGGGACCUGCUCGGAGGAAUGGCGCCGCCGGGUUCAAGCACUGUCUUCCUGUUGGCCCUGACAAUCAUAGUCAGCACCCAGGCUCUGACGCCUACUCACUACCUCACCAAACAUGAUGUGGAGAGAUUGAAAGCCUCCCUGGACCGCCCUUUCACAAGUUUGGAAUCUGCCUUCUACUCCAUUGUGGGACUCAGCAGCCUUGGGGCCCAGGUGCCAGAUGUAAAGAAAGCAUGCACCUUCAUCAAAUCUAACCUUGAUCCCAGCAAUGUGGAUUCCCUCUUCUAUGCUGCCCAAUCCAGCCAGGUCCUCUCAGGGUGUGAGAUCUCUAUUUCAAAUGAAACCAAAGAUCUACUUCUGGCGGCUGUCAGUGAAGAUUCAUCUGUUAGCCAGAUCUACCAUGCAGUUGCAGCCCUCAGUGGCUUUGGUCUUCCUGUGGCAUCCCAGGAAGCACUUGGUGCCCUUACUGUUCGUCUUGGCAAGGAAGAAACAGUGCUGGCAACGGUCCAGGCUCUGCAGACAGCAUCCCAUCUGUCCCAGGAGGCUGAUCUGAGGAACAUUGUGGAGGAGAUUGAGGACCUCGUGGCUCGCCUGGAUGAACUGGGGGGUGUGUAUCUCCAGUUUGAAGAGGGGCUGGAAACCACAGCAUUAUUUGUUGCUGCCACCUACAAGCUCAUGGACCAUGUGGGGACUGAACCAUCCAUUAAGGAGGAUCAGGUCAUCCAGCUAAUGAACACAAUCUUCAGCAAGAAGAACUUUGAAUCACUCUCUGAAGCCUUCAGCGUGGCCUCCGCUGCAGCCGCCCUCUCUCAGAACCGCUACCAUGUGCCAGUUGUGGUUGUGCAUGAAGGUUCUGCUGCUGACACGCAGGAACAGUCUAUCCUGCGGUUGCAAGUCACCAAUGUUCUGUCACAGCCUCUGACUCAGGCCACUGUUAAACUAGAACACGCUAAAUCUGUUGCUUCCAGAGCCACAGUCCUCCAGAGGACCCCUUUCACUCUUGUAGGGGAUAUUUUUGAACUAAACUUCAUGAAUGUCAAAUUUUCCAGUGGUUAUUAUGACUUCUUUGUAAAAGUUGAAGGUGACAGCCGUUAUAUUGCAAACAGUGUAGAGCUCAGAGUGAAGAUCUCCACUGAAGUUGGCAUCACAAAUGUCGAUCUGUCUACUGUGGAUAAGGAUCAGAGUAUUGCACCCAAAACUACCCGGGUAACCUACCCAGCCAAAGCCAAGGGCACAUUCAUCGCAGACAGCCACCAGAACUUCGCCUUGUUCUUCCAGCUGGUGGAUGUGAACACUGGUGCUGAACUUACCCCUCACCAGACAUUUGUCCGACUGCAUAAUCAGAAGACUGGCCAAGAAGUGGUGUUUGUUGCUGAGCCGGACAACAAGAAUGUAUACAAAUUUGAAUUGGACACCUCUGAAAGAAAGAUUGAAUUUGACUCAGCCUCAGGCACCUACACUCUCUACUUAAUCAUUGGAGAUGCCACUCUGAAGAACCCAAUCCUCUGGAAUGUGGCUGAUGUGGUCAUCAAGUUCCCAGAAGAAGAAGCUCCCUCAACUGUCUUGUCCCAGAACCUUUUCACCCCGAAACAGGAAAUUCAGCACCUGUUCCGUGAGCCUGAGAAGAGGCCGCCCACGGUGGUGUCCAACACAUUCACAGCCCUGAUCCUCUCGCCCUUGCUCUUGCUCUUUGCUCUGUGGAUCCGGAUUGGAGCCAAUAUCUCCAACUUCACUUUUGCUCCUAGCACGAUUAUCUUUCACCUGGGACAUGCUGCUAUGCUGGGGCUCAUGUAUGUCUACUGGACUCAGCUCAACAUGUUCCAGACACUGAAAUACCUUGCCAUCCUGGGCAGUGUGACAUUUCUGGCUGGCAAUCGAAUGCUGGCCCAACAGGCAGUCAAGAGGAUCGCUGCAGAGCAGAGCAGUAGAUUGGCAAAAUAUAGGACACUACGAACAGCCCAUUAGUUCCAGAGAAAGGAUGGAAAAUGAAAACUGAAAUGAAUGUUGAAAAAAGGAGUUUAAAAACAGUUGAGAGUGUGAAAAAAGAGAAGAAAAAAAGUCACUUUAUUUAAAAAAGAAAAACAUUGAGAUGUGGUUACACUUUUGCUUGUUUUCAGUUUCCCCUGUAAGAGCCGAUACCUGUGGCUCAGAGUGUCUGUAUCUUUGGCAUGAUGCCAUAGUAAGAUGCUAUGAAUGUCUUCAGUUACCCAGAUGUUGCAUUAAAACAUUGAAAUCUGUUUUGGAACAAAGAGAAUACCAUUAACAAAA